AUGACCGUGUUUUGGCUGGAGCAGUGGUGGAAGCGCAAGGACCACCGUAAGAUUCGCGGUGCACGCGGCGCACGCUUUGCCUCGCUGCGCUUCCACGGCGCCUUCAUCCUCAGCGUUGUCGUGCUGGUCGAGUAUGUGUUCCGGUCGACGGACGGCUUCACAGCGCGGCGCGCCACGCGUCCGCCAGUGCUGGCGCCGCCGCCGCUGCCCACAUCGCUCGGGUACUCGAUGACGAGCGAGAUGCCGCACUUGAGGUCGCUUGAGCUAGAACGUGAGGCCCCGCCACACCUACCGCGGAGCAGCUCCCUCGACUUCAAGACCCUCCGGGGAGAGGGCCGUCCACCAGGAUGA